AUGCAACCUAAAACUUUCGUCCACCAACUUCAUGCAAUUCUGCUGGAACCGGAAGUGAAUAAAUGGAUAUACUGGUCUCCGACUGAUAACAUGGUAUUUUUUCUGAAGCCAUACGAUCCUAAUUUUAGUACACAUGUUUUGAAACGCUAUUUCAAACAUGGUAACGUUAAUAGUUUUGUUCGUCAACUACACAUGUACGGGUUUCAUAAACUGUCUCAUCCUUCUCCAGACCAAUCUUCUGCCAACAAUGGCAACAUCAAAGAACUUGUUGAAUGGAAAUUCACUCACCCAUCUGGAUUCUUCUUCAAAGAGGCCAAUGCCGGUAUCUUGAAUAAAAUCCAAAGGAAGAGCACUGGUGUAGGAAAAGAUGGUAAAAGAAAGAAUAUCCUGUCACCAAUAUCUGUCAGUUAUGUCGAUGCUUCAAGGCUAAAUGUCCUCUCUCAGCAAUCUGGUCCAACUUCCGUGAGAGAACCCUCAAGCAUGUUUAUGGGUAGUCCUGCACAUCAUUACUCAAUAUCUCAAAGUCCUCCGCAUAUCAAUAUACCACAGCAGCAACAGAGUAAUGGACCCUACCUCAUAUCCUCGCUGCCUCCUCAGCAACCCACAGUGAACAUGAUGCGAAGGCAAAGCAUCUCGGCAAGGAUGAUGAACUCUUAUGAUUAUCCUAAUCAAUUUCCGUCCCAAGAUAGUAUAGUGCAACCUCAACAGCCGCAACAAGUACUUUCCCCGCAAGCAUUAUCGGGUCCUCCAAUGAAGAAAUCGCGAACCCUAUCUUCGACAGAUGAUCUAAAGGCAACUUCUUUGCCGAUCGUUAAUUACCCAAUGCCAUACCAUCCUGGAACUUUUGCCCAACAGCAGCAGCAACCGCUUCCUGCAAUACCGCCAUAUUCUACUUACUCUACUCCAUUUCCCUCAAUGAUGAAUUCUCUUACGAACUCUGCAUCUAAUUCACCCGCUUUAGGAGUUUGUAAUAAUAAUGUAACACUAUCGAAAAAAAGCAAUAUAAGUGAAAGGCAAGCUUUGGACAAUCAUAUACAAACUUUAAAGAACUCUAUAUCAACGAUCACUGACUUGAUAGAAAAACACAUCAACGGCGCACAGCAAGAUGAAAAUAAAACUCAAACAAAUGAUGCAUUGAGCAAAGAUCUUCGAACAAGCUUAUCCCUUUUACAAAAUUCUAAAGAAGAAAUUAUUCAACUCGAAAGUAAAUGGACGUCCAUGCAAUCCGUGAAAACAGCUGCCUUACCCCUCCAAGAAACUACUAAUACAUCCUCCACCUUAACUCCUCUGACGUCCAGCAUCACUCCCAAGAGUAUACCUAUAAUCACAAAAGGUGAAGUCGCCAGUAAACCAGCAUCUUACUGA